AUGUACGCUACUCGAUUAUUUCAACCAUUCAGAAGCAUUAAUUCGAACGCUUUACGCGUUACAUUCUCGAAAAAUGCUCCAGCUGUUUCCUUGUUGAGAAAGAACGCAAGAUCCACUGCUUCUACUGCAAAUACAACACCCGAGCACGAAAAGUUGCUUGUUUCUCAACGGGCCGUGCGUCCGUUAUCCCCUUGGUAUAUAUAUCAGCCACAACUUACAUGGCUUUUGUCGUUAACUCAUCGUGCUACUGGCGCUGGACUAGCUUCUGUUUUAUAUGGUGCUAGUCUUGCAUACGUAGCAGGACCAUUCAUUGGUCUUAAUUGGGAUACUGAUACUAUUGUUGCGGCGGCGUCGACGGUUCCUGCAUUUGUUAAAGUGCCCACUAAAUUUGGGAUAGCUUAUGUUUUUUCAUUUCACGUUUUCAAUGGAAUCAGGCAUUUGAUUUGGGAUACUGGCCGAAGCUUAACUAUCAAAGGAGUAUAUGCUACGGGCUGGAGUGUCUUAGGGCUUUCUACUGUUUCCGCGCUUUAUUUGUCACUUGUUUAA